AUGGAAAACGCAGCUUCUUACAGGGCUGAUGAGUGGAAUGUCAAUAAAUGGGCAUGGGAAGGCACUCUGAAAGUUAUUAGCAAAGGAGAAGAAUGCAUUAUCCGAUUAGAAGACAAGAAGACAGGUGAAUUGUAUGCUCGGGCAUUUUUGAGAGAUGGGGAACCACACCCUGUGGAGCCUGUAAUUGAUAGCAGCAGAUAUUUCGUUCUUCGAGUAGAAGAGAAUAUUGAUGGUGUGGGAAUUAAUCCUCAACAAAGUGCAGCAUGGAUCAAAUUUUGCUUUUGCUCCAUAUUCUCUGGCGCCAUUGGAUUCUCUUUCCCCUCUUAUAUCCCUUUUCUCCCUGGAAAUGGAGAUGGAAUGGUUAAGAAAGUUUAUGAGGAUUCAGUAUCCGUUGGUGACAAAACGUACACAUUUGAUUCAGUUUUAGACUCAAAAUCAUCUCAGGAGGAUGUGUAUCAAUUAGUUGGCACCAGUUUAGUUAAGGAUGCAUUGGCAGGUUACAACACAUCAAUAUUGGCUUAUGGACAGUAUGGAUGUCCCUUGUAUGGAGAUGUUUUUGGCGUUUUGCAACAAGACCAGCCUAAUUAUGAGGAAGAACCAGUUGAUAAGACAAAGCAUUGGGGUGAUUUGGAAGAGGACUAG